AGAAAGAGCGAGAGAGUCAAAGGGGAGGAGGCUCAGAGGGAGGAAGUUCGACGUGAAGAGGGUGUGGUGGGUUGUCCACAACACGACGAUGAGGAAUCGGCCGGUAGCAGAGAAGUCAUGUAGAAAGGGACGGAGGGGAGGAGGGUGCGUUGGCACGUGGCUGAAGGUUGCAGCGGUUGGCGUGCUGGCGUUCUUCGCUGCCGGGGCUGCUGCGUCUGAUCGUUCCAUGCGGGUAGGCGGGAUGGAGAAGUACGGCGGUCUGCGGGAAAUUUCCGACAACAUUCGUCUUCAGUUGGCGGCACUCCGUUCCCAAGUCGGAGGCGAAGAAUCCCAGCUCUCGAAGGAGGUCAACAGCGUUCCGCCGAAACCCCUGGAGGUGUUCGAGUACGGCCCUUCGCGACAGGCCUGGAUGCGCGACCCCGAGAAGUACAAGUACCAGUUUGUGUGCGUGGUGGCAACCAGGGCCACCGUGGAGGAGGGGAUCUGGCACAAGCGACGGGCGCCCAGGAUGUGGUCCAGGCAGCCGCCGUUCCACGUGCGCAUCGUAAGGCCGAACCCGGUGGGGAUGCUGGGUCACAUGCUGGGGACGGGAAAGAUCAAGUUCGUCCAGAAGGACGUGACCAUGCGGAAGACGGACAAGAGAACCGGCCGCUCCAUCGAGAUAACCCAGCCCAUGACCGUCUUGAAGCGCAUGGAUGGGAAACUGCCCAAGAAUGUGCAGGAAAUGAUGGAGGCCCAGGAGGAGGGUAGAGAAUACACGGGCACCAGCCGUCCCUCCAAGGGGCGCUGGGGACCUUCGAACAUCGAAGAGGUGAAGGAGACGGGAGUUUUGGACCUCCUGAGGCAGGCCGACAUCAACACCCCGGAGGAGGUGGACGAUGUCACCAAGAUGGUCGACUCGCAAACCGGAAAGAAGUACGACAUGAGGAGGUAUUUCGAUUACGCAAAAACUAAGCGAGGACCGAAGAACCUGGCGAAGGUUGACCGCAAGACGCGCGCGCGGCGGGCGAGACUAGAGAAGCAGGACAACAAGCAAGGAUGA